AUGAUAGGAGUCGUUAAAAAUGACAUCGUGAAGCUAUUUGGCACAAUCAAGAGCUAUGAUGAUGGAACCUUCUAUUUUGAUGAGAAGUAUGUUGAUGGUUCUGAAUACAAGGGCCCUAUAACAACUUCUGCUUCAGUAGUACGCGGUGUCACCUCCUUCGCUAAUGUUGUUUCUGGGAAAUUGAACAUCCCUGGUGAGAAAAUACUGGGCUUGGCAAAGUUCUUUCUUGGUAUUGGGCUCCCAGGUAGUGCAAAGGAUUGCUUUAAUCAGAUUGAGUCCUUGUCGCUCCUGGAAAACAAUAGGAUCUUUGUUCCUUUGAUCCUUUCACUUCCUUCCAAAGUACUGUCACUGACCUCCAAAGACCAGCUUAAGGUUGAAGUAACUACAGUGUUUGGUUCUGCGGCACCUCCGCUCAGAGUGAAUCUUGUGCAAGUCUUGGGCUCUGAUUCCAAGGUCAUCACCACUGACAGCAAGGAACUUCAGUUUGACCUCGACAACAAUGUUCAUUACUUGGACAUUACUCCAUUGAAAAUAGAUGUUGGGAAGUACUUGCUAGUUUUUGAGAUUACUCUUCAGGAUUCAGAACAUGAAACCGUUUACACUACUGGAGGGAGAAACACUGAGUCUGUCGUCGUUACAGGACUGAUCAAAGUUGACAAGGCAGAAAUUGGAAUUUCUGAUAAUGAUGCUGGGAGCGCGGAGUCUGUCGAAAAGUUAGAUCUGCUGAAAGAUACAAAAGUUUCUCUCUCUGCCAACCAUCUGCAGAAGUUACGUCUAUCUUUUCAACUAUCUACACCACUUGGACGCACAUUUAAACCCCACCAGGUUUUCUUGAAGUUAAAGCAUGAAAGCAAGGUUGAACACUUAUUUGUGGUGCCAGGUUCUGCGAGGCAAUUCAAAAUUGUUCUAGAUUUUCUUGGAUUGGUAGAGAAAUUUUACUACCUUUCUGGAACAUAUGACCUCGAGCUUUCAGUUGGUGAUGCUUCAAUGGAAAAUUCGUUCCUACGAGUCCUUGGCCAACUGGAGUUGGACUUGCCGGAGGCCCCUGAAAAGGCCCCACGUCCUCCGGCACAAGCUGUUGACCCCUUAGCAAAGUUUAGGCCACAGAAGGAGAUAGAACACAUAUUCCGUGUGCCAGAGAAGAGGCCACCGCAGGAAGUGUCGCUUGCAUUUACUGGCCUCAUACUCCUGCCUUUCAUUGGGUUCUUGAUUGGGCUUAUGCGUCUGGGAGUCAACUUGAAGAACUUCCCUUCCCUGCCAGGACCUGCUGCAUUCGCAUCACUCUUCCAUGUCGGAAUCGCAGCAGUACUGUUGCUCUAUGUUCUCUUCUGGGUUAAGCUGGAUCUUUUCACAACUCUGAAGUACCUCAGCUUCCUCGGUGUGUUCCUUGUGUUCGUCGGCCAUAGGACCCUAUCUCAUCUUUCCAACACGGCGGCAAAACAGAAGACUGCUUGA